AUGCUUCACAGUGCGGACUCGCCACCUAGGGGAUGGAACAAAUUGAAGGUUCCCUGCUUUCCCAGCAAGGAACCAAUGUCACGACUAUAUGCGCAGGCAGAUGCCAUUGGCAACAAGCCCUAUCGCCGCGUCUCAAAUCAGAAAAGGAACAAAAAAGGAAAAAUCAUUUCCUUGAAGAGGGGCAUUCCGAAUGGAUUUGUGCGCAACAAGUGCGCAGUGUGA